UCCGCCUCCCAGCGCCCCGCCGCCAUCGGCCCGGAGGAGCCUCCGCCGCGCGUCCCGGGGAGCCCUCUGGAAGGAUGACCACUCUAACGCGCCAGGACCUCAAUUUUGGACAAGUGGUCGCUGAUGUCCUUUCUGAGUUUUUGGAAGUAGCCAUUCACCUCAUUCUUUAUGUCCGAGAAGUUUACCCCACUGGAAUUUUUCAGAAGCGGAAAAAAUAUAACGUACCCGUUCAGAUGUCCUGCCACCCCGAACUCAAUCAAUAUAUCCAGGACACCCUCCACUGCAUCAAACCUCUACUAGAGAAGAAUGAUGUGGAAAAGGUGGUGGUGGUCAUCCUUGAUAAGGAACAUCAUCCAGUGGAAAGAUUUGUCUUUGAGAUCAUGCAGCCACCCUUGCUGGCAAUCAGCUCAGAUUCCCUUCUCAACCACGUGGAGCAGCUCCUGCGGGCUUUCAUUCUGAAGAUCAGUGUCUGUGAUGCUGUGCUGGACAACAACCCUCCAGGCUGCACCUUCACCAUCCUGGUACACACCCGUGAGGCUGCCACUCGCAACAUGGAGAAAAUCCAAGUGAUCAAGGACUUCCCUUGGAUUCUGGCUGAUGAACAGGAUGUCCACAUGCGCGAGCCACGGCUGAUCCCCCUGAAGACCAUGACAUCGGACCUUUUAAAGAUGCAGCUCUACGUGGAGGAGCGAGCACAGAAAGGCACCUGAGCCUUUCCUGGGGGUUCUGGAAGCCUGACCUUCUUCCAGGGCGGCGCAUUGCCAAGCUGCCCCCCGCCUGCCUGGCAAGAUUGGUGCUCAGCCUGUUGACACGCAUGUGCCGGGCCCUUCCUUGCUGCGGCACACCUGUGCUUUUGCAAGUGCCCUUAAAUCCUGCCAGACCAUUCUCACUUCUUCAGCGGAUUCACAAGUCGUGUACUUUUCAAGUUGCUAGACCUGAGGGAGGGGCAUUACACAACUGUGCCUAGAAAUGAAACCAAGCGUGUAACUGGGCUGGUGCAAACGCUCAUCCGUAAUCUUUGAAGUGAAUGUUGAUUAUUGUGUCCCAAGGUGCUGAUGUAGAAAGACUAUCUGUGACGAUUAAUCCGCUGCAAAUAAACUUCAUGUGACUCUUGAAAAGUU